UAUUUAAAGGCGCCAACAAAGCGGGACUGGGCUGAAGGAGCAGAAAUCUGCCAUCUUCUCCUCUUCCGACCGAAACCCAGCCGCGUGGACAGCUCGAGUUGUCGACUAAAGCUUGCGUUGGUAUCUGACACUCUAUCGAGCAUGCCAGAAGAAACGGCCGCCGCUUCCGCCGCCGAGAGUAUGGAAGAGAAACCCUGCUCGUCCAGUGCAGCAGACAGCUGUAUAGAUGUUGCUGAGGAAGCAAAGAAGCUGAUUGGCACAGGAAACAGGCACCUGGUCAUGGGUGACGUUGUGUCUGCAGUCAGUGUGUUCCAGGAGGCUUGUGCCAUGCUGGCUGAAAAAUAUGGGGAUACUGCUGAUGAGUGUGGAGAGGCAUUUUUCUUAUGUGGGAAGUCCUUGCUGGAGCUUGCCAGGAUGGAGAACACAGUCUUGGGUAAUGCAUUGGAGGGAGUCCCAGAAGAAUCAUCGGAGGAGGGCGAGAAGCAGAAUGAUUCCAAGAUUGAGAGUGCCGAUAACUUGGAUGAGAAAACCAGAGAUGAGCUCCGUGAACAGGUUUAUGAUGCCAUGUCGGAGGACAAGAGGGACUCUGAGGGAGAGGUAAAGAAAGAGGAGCAAGAGGUAAAAGACACGGGGGAUGUGCAAGCACAGAAGCAAGACGAUACAGAUUCUUCUCUCAAAAAUAAGACUGAAUCGCCCAUUGAAAAGGGAGAUGCGACUACAGAGUCUCCAGUCCAGAGUGAACAGAAGGCUGAUGAAAAUGGAGAUAGAACUACGCAGUCGCCAGGCGAAAGUGAACAGAAGGCUAAUGAGAAGGGAGCGACUAUUAUGGGAUCUCCAGUCAAAAGUGAACAGAAGGCUAAUGAAAAGGGAGAGAAUAUUCUGGAGUCUCCAGUCAAAAGUGAACAGAAGGCUGCUGAGAAUGAAGAGACAAUGGCUACAGAGUGUCCUGUCAAAAGUGAUGAGAAAAGUGAAAAUGUAGAGAAGACCACAGAGGUAGAGGAAGGCUCUGCUGCCUCAAAACAAGAAACUGUGGAUCAGGCUGAAAAGGAUGCAGAACGAGAUGUGAAAAGCACAGAACAAAAGGGGGAUGAAGACAAACCAGAGCCAAUGGAAGAAGAGGGUGGAGAUGACAAAGAGGAGGAGGAUGAUGAUGAGGAGGAUGAAGGGGAGGGUGAAGAUGAAGACAAGGAGAGUGAAGAGGACGAAGUUGGGAAUCUCCAGUUAGCAUGGGAGAUGCUGGAAGUGGCUAAAGUUAUUUAUAAAAGGAAGGAGAGCAAAGAGGACCAGUUAAUGGCAGCACAGAUCUUCUUGAAGCUUGGAGAAGUUGGUGCUGAAUCUGGUAACUACACCCAAGCCCUGGAAGACUUCCAGGAGUGCUUAGCCAUACAGCUGAAGCACCUGCCUGCUCAUAGUCGUCUGCUGGCAGAGACUCAUUACCAACUGGGCACAACAUUUAGCUACACUGCUCAGUAUAGCCAGGCCAUCGAGCACUUCAACAACUCCAUCAAAGUCAUUGAGAGCCGCUUGGCCAUGCUUCAGGAAGCAAUAGACAAAGCAGAAGAGGCUGAUGAAGCAAAGGAGGAAAAAGGUGAGCUAGAGGAACUGAAGCAGCUGCUGCCAGAGAUUGCAGAGAAGAUAGAAGAUGCAAAGGAAAGCCAGAAAACAGCAGCUGCAGCAUCAGAAGCCAUUCAUCAGACCCUGGGAGGGGCAUCUACAUCUGCAUUCCCAGCUGAAAAUGGUGGCCCAUCUUCAUCUACAGCCAGCCAGAUUGCUGUUAAGCCAGCUGAUGGUGCAUCAUCUUCAAAAACUGCAUCAGAUAUUUCUCACCUAGUCCGUAAGAAGAGGAAACCAGAAGAGGAGAGCCCAAAAAAGGACAGUGAUGCUAAAAAGGUCAAACAGGAGACUGCAGUUAAUGGCAGCGGCGACUCUGCCAGCAACAGCAAUGGAGUCCAGGAGAAAAUGGAGCAGGAGCCUGUGAAUUCCUCUUCCUCUGUGGAAGCCUCGGCGUGAUUGGACACUACUGGCUGACCACUGAUCUUCCAACCAGCAUGCCUGCCUCAAGUCUCUCCAUAAACAGCUUUUUGUUUUGUAAAUAAGACGUACCUUUUCUGUGUCUGUCCAAUUUUUGUAUUGUAGUAAAGUUUCAAUAAAGGGUAUUUGCAUACGUCAA